AUGGCGACCCAGUGCGCGUCGACGAGCGCAAGCAGCAAGAAUGCGCCGUUCGGCAGUGGCCUCGUACCGGUCGACUCGCCUGACGUGGCGACGUUGACGCUGGUGCAACCGCUGCCGUUGUGGGCGCGGUCGUACGUCGGGCCGUGGCUGCUGCUGUACCCGCUCGCUGCGUACGCCUUCUACAUCAAGUACGACACCUACAUCCAAUCCAUCGGUCAGUCCACCCAUCCGCGGCCAUGGGUUUCUUCUGUUCCCUGCCACCACCUCCACUGACGUUCACCCGCCUUCCGCCUUCCCUCUCCGUGGAACCCGCUGCUCAUCCCGUCUCCGCUGUUCCCCACUCGACCCUGACAACCACCCCCCAGAAUGGUCGUUCUUGUUGAGUAUCUGCCUCUUUGGUGGCCACGCGCUCAGUUUCCUCUUCACCCGAUGGAGCGUCGCCUUCCGUUCGCGCGGAGAAGCCCGACACGUCAGUCAUUUAGUACCAUCUCUCCCGGGCGUGCAGGCAUCAGAGUAACUCAUCCUCUCGAACCCAACAGGUCACCGACAUUGACACCGCUCAGAAGAUCAAGGUCAUCCCCAAGCUCCAUCGAGGCAAGGGCGAGAUCGUCAACCUGCAGCGGACCGAGGUCAGUUCCGUUCAGCCUCAGCGUACACGUACCAACAGGCGAUGUAUUCACACGAAACUUGCCCCGUGCCUUCUCGAUGCAGCGACCGGGCCAACCCCCCUUGAUCUACUUCACCUACCAACGCGACAAGUACCUCUACUCGCCUGAAACCCGCUCGUUCGCGCGCAUCUCGUACCCGUGCGAUGCCAAACCCGCGCUAUCGACGCUCCAGAAAUCGACCGGUCUGUCCACCGCAGCCGAGAUCGAUCGAGUCCAACGCGACUACGGCCGUAACGUGUUCGACAUCCCCGUCCCGACCUUUUUCGAACUUCUCGGCGAGCACGCCGUCGCACCCUUCUUCGUCUUCCAAGUCUUCUGCGCCGGGCUGUGGUGCCUCGACGAGUACUGGUACUACUCGCUCUUCACCCUCUUCAUGCUCGUCGUGUUCGAGUGCACGACCGUCUUCCAGCGUCUCAGGACCGUCGGCGAGUUCCGAAGCAUGUCCAUCACGCCCUACGCGAUCAUGGUCCGCCGCGAGAACAAGUGGAUCGAGGUGCAGACCCCCGACUUGCUCCCCGGUGAUCUCGUUUCGAUCGUUCGCUCCAAGGAGGACUCGGGUGUCGCUUGCGAUCUCUUGCUCCUCCGCGGCUCGUGCAUCGUCAACGAGGCGAUGCUCUCGGGUGAAUCGACGCCGCUGCUCAAGGAAUCCGUCGAGCUACGCCCCGGCAAGGAUGCGCUCGACAUUGACGGUGUCGACCGCAACUCGGUCUUGUUCGGUGGAACCAAGGUGUUGCAGGCGACCGGCGUCGAUCCCAAGGACAAGCUCGCCGCUCCCGAUGGGGGCUGCCUCGCGCUCGUCCUGCGCACCGGUUUCGGCACCAGUCAAGGCCAGCUGAUCCGCACCAUGAUCUUUUCGACCGAGACCGUGUCGGCGAACAACAUUGAAAGCUUCCUCUUUAUCGCCUUCCUGCUCGUCUUUGCUCUCGCCGCCAGUGCUUAUGUCUGGGUCAAGGGUGUCGAGCAGGAUCUCAAGCGGUCCAAGUUGCUGCUCGACUGCGUGAUCAUCAUCACCUCCGUCGUACCCCCCGAGUUGCCGAUGGAGUUGACCAUGGCCGUCAACGCUUCCCUCGUCGCACUCAGCAAGUACUCGAUCUUCUGCACGGAGCCUUUCCGCAUCCCCUUUGCCGGCCGCGUUGACGUGUGUUGCUUCGACAAAACCGGCACGAUCACGGGCGAAGACCUCGUGGUCGAAGGUGUUGCCGGUGUCGACACCAACGACCGUCAAAAACUCGUCCCCGUCAAGGAGACGUCGUACAAGACGACUUUGACCCUCGCCUGCGCCCACGCCCUCGUUCUCCUCGACGACGGAGUCGUAGGUGACCCCAUGGAGAAGACAACCUUGGAUGCCCUCGAGUGGAAGCUUUCGGCCGGUGACAAGAUCACGCCCCUCGACCCGACGACUUCGAGCGUCGGUGGCGAAGUGCACGUCAAGCGCCGUUUCCAAUUCUCGUCGCAGCUCAAGCGCAUGUCGACCCUUUCGACCGUUAUCCCCGCGAACGGCGGUGCCGCCAAGACACUCGUCGCCGUCAAGGGUGCCCCCGAGACACUCAAGACGAUGUACAAAUCCGUCCCCGAAGGCUACGAGCAGACUUACAAAUGGUACGCGCAGCGCGGUAGUCGUGUCCUCGCUCUUGGCUACAAGUGGGUCGACUCGAUGUCCAAGAACGAACUCAACACGACGUCGAGGGAAAAGGUCGAAUGCCAACUCGAGUUCGCUGGCUUCUUGGUCUUCCACUGCCCGCUCAAACCCGAUGCCGUCCAGACGUUGAAGGACCUUGCCGACUCGUCCCAUCGCUGCGUCAUGAUCACCGGUGACAACCCAUUGACCGCGACCCACGUCGCCCGCGAGGUCGAGAUCGUUGAUCGACAAGUGCUCAUCCUCGACGUCCGCGAAGGAGGCGAGGGUGAAGCCGAUCUUUCAUGGAGGACCCCCGACGAAUCCAAAGUCAUCAAGGUCAACCCCGAGGAACCGAUCGACGUCUCCCUCUUUGACGAGUACGACAUCUGCAUGACCGGUGCCGCCUUGCGCCAGUACGCCGAUCGACCCGAGAGCUGGACCCAACUCGUCCAAAACACCUGGGUCUACGCACGCGUCUCGCCCGCACAAAAGGAGUUCAUCCUGACCUCGCUCAAAUCGCUCGGAUACAUCACGCUCAUGGCCGGUGACGGAACGAACGACGUCGGCGCGCUCAAGCAGGCCAACAUCGGUGUCGCGUUGUUGAACGGGACCGAGGAGGACUUGCAAAAGAUUCUCGAGCACCAAAAGAAGGAACGCGUCAAGAAGGUCUACGAGCAACAAUUGCGCAUCACGUCUCGGUUCAAGCAGCCGCCGCCGCCCGUCCCUCCUUUGAUCGCGGACCUCUUCCCCGACGCCGUCGCGGCUCAAAAAGCUGCCGCUCAGGCCGUCGGAGAGGACCGCCAAAAGGGUAUUGGAACCAAGUUCGACGUUUCGGCUAUCACCGAUCAGCUGAGCAACAUGGAAGACGAGACCGAGGUUCCCCAGAUCAAGCUCGGUGACGCCUCCGUCGCUGCUCCGUUCACGUCCAAGCUCGCCAACGUUGUCGCGAUCGUCAACAUCAUCCGACAAGGUCGCUGCACCCUCGUUGCGACGAUCCAGAUGUACAAAAUCUUGGCGCUCAACUGUCUUAUUUCGGCAUGGGCUCUGUCCGUGCAGUACCUCCAGGGCAUCAAGUUUGGCGACUACCAAGUCACGAUCACGGGUAUCCUCAUCUCGGUCUGCUUCAUGUGCAUCUCGCGCGCACGCCCCGUCGACAAGCUCUCGAGGGAACGUCCGCUUUCGUCCAUCUUCAACGUCUACGUCGUCUUCUCCAUCCUCGCCCAGUUCGCGAUCCACGUCGUCGCCUUCCUGUACCUGACCCAACUGUGCGAGAGGUACGAACCCCAAGCGGGGAACAAGAUCGACCUCGACGCCAAGUUCGCUCCCAAUCUGCUCAACUCGUGCAUCUACCUCAUCUCGCUCUCCCAACAAGUCUCGACCUUUGCGAUCAAUUUCCAAGGUCGACCUUUCCGCGAGGGCAUUACGGAGAAUUCGGCGUUGUACUAUGGUCUAUUGGGAGUCGCCGGUGUCGCCUUUUCAGGCGCGACCGAUUUCGUACCCGAGUUCAAUCGGUGGUUACAACUCGUCGAAAUGAAAUCGUCGUUCAGGAAACAGUUGUGCUUGGUCAUGGUGCUCGAUUAUGGAGGGGCUUGGAUCGCCGAAAUCAUCCUCAAGUAUUUGUUCGCAGAUAAUCACCCCAAGGCGAUCAUUUUGAAAGGUUCGGAAAGGAGGUCCAAGAGGAGGGAGGAGCAGAAGAGGUUGUUGGAACAAGAGGAAGAGGGGAAGGCCGAACAGAUCAAGGAGAAGAAGGAGUUGUAA